AUGACAAAGGUUUCGCAACUCACUCUUAUUUUUCGUGACAAACUACAAACUAUCCACCAAAACUCCAACAAAACCUCAGUUGUGGUGGAGCAAAAACCGUCGAAUCCUUCGUCAAAGAACGAUAACGAUCAGUUGAACAGUUGGGUUGCUUCUUGGCCAUCGUUCCAGAUGCCUCUUCACUAUCCAAACUUCAGAAAGGAAGAUUACGAGGUUAUGUCGGAGGAAGAACUUGAUCGACUUCUCAAACUAUAUGGUCUACCUACAGAGCUCGGUGACUUGUUUUGCAAACAACAAUUUGCAAUCGGUGCAUUCUUGUGGGAGAAGGGACUAGAUUCUUCUCCGGCUAAACAUGAAUCAGUAAACCAUAAUUCGUCCGUUGGUGAUUUGAGUGAGAGCACUUUGAUGGCAGUGACUACGGCUUUGAAAUAUAUGGUUCACUAUCUUUUUCGAUUCUAG